CCCAGCAAGGGCGACCCCUCCGCCGCCGCCGCCGCCGAGGUGGACGAGCGCUUCCCCGCCUGCAUCCGGGACGCCGUGUCGCAGGUGCUCAAGGGCUACGACUGGAGCCUGGUGCCCAUGCCCGUGCGCGGCAACGGCGCGCUCAAGGCCAAGCCGCACGUCAAGCGGCCCAUGAACGCCUUCAUGGUGUGGGCGCAGGCGGCCCGCAGGAAGCUGGCCGACCAGUACCCGCAUCUGCACAACGCCGAGCUCAGCAAGACGCUGGGCAAGCUCUGGCGCUUGUUAAGCGAGAAUGAGAAGCGUCCCUUUGUGGAAGAAGCCGAGAGGCUCAGGGUACAGCACAAGAAGGAUCACCCGGAUUACAAAUACCAGCCGCGGAGGAGGAAAAGCGUGAAAGCUGGCCAGAGCGAUUCUGAUUCGGGAGCUGAACUCAGCCAUCACGCGGGGAGCCAGAUCUACAAAGCAGACACGGGACUAGGGGGCAUGGCUGAUUCUCACCACCACGGCGAUCACACAGGGCAGACUCACGGACCACCCACCCCGCCUACCACUCCCAAAACGGACCUGCAUCACGGGAGCAAGCAAGAGCUGAAACACGAGGGGCGCCGCUUAGCGGAGAGCGGCCGCCAGAACAUCGAUUUCAGCAACGUGGACAUCUCCGAACUGAGCAGCGAGGUCAUUAACAACAUGGAGACCUUUGACGUCCACGAAUUCGACCAGUAUUUGCCCUUGAACGGCCACUCCGCCAUGCCAGCCGACCACGGGCAGAACUCUUCGGCGGGGUCUUACGGCACGUCGUAUUCCCAUUCGGCCGCCGGCAGCGGCGGAGCGGCCCAAGUUUGGACUCACAAGAGCCCGUCCUCGGCUUCCCCUCCGUCCAACGAAACCGGGCAGCAGAGGCCGCACAUCAAAACGGAGCAGCUCAGCCCCAGUCACUACAGCGACCAGUCCCACGGCUCACCGGCUCACUCCGACUACAGCUCCUACAGCUCACAGGCGUGCGCCACCACGGCGUCCUCCGCCACGGCCGCUGCUUCUUUCUCCAGCUCCCAGUGCGACUAUACAGACCUCCAGAGCUCUAACUACUACAACCCCUACCCUGGCUACGCCUCCAGCAUUUACCAGUAUCCGUAUUUCCAUUCCUCCCGCCGCCCCUACGCCACGCCGAUCCUGAACGGCUUGUCCAUCCCUCCUUCUCACAGCCCCAGGGCAAACUGGGACCAGCCUGUCUACACAACCCUGACAAGGCCUUAGAGGAUGCUAAGAGUCUUUCAGGUCUUCCCAAAACUAUAUGCACUAAAAUGAAGGAACGAAGAGGAAAAUAAUAAUUAAAAAAAAAAAAC